ACGUUUCAUAGUGACUGAAUGGCUCUAAUAUUUUGCAUAAAUACCUGACCAUGCCAGCCGAUGUAAAUUACAACAAUUAACAAACAAUACUUGUUGAACCAUCCAAAUCAUGGCAUCUUUCAUAAUACCAUUCAAAGCCCUGUUCUUCCUCAUAGUCGCCCUGCAUCAGUCUUCCUCUGUUUUUUCUUCUUCAUCCUCCAUUGCUGCAAAUGAAACAGAAACUCUUCUAAAAUGGAAAGCUAGCCUUGACAACAACACCCAAACUUUGCUCUCUUCGUGGGUUGGAGGCAACCAUUGCAACUGGGUCGGAAUCACUUGCGACAUGGCUGGAACCAUCACCAAUCUAAGCCUUCCAGAUCAUUUGUUGAACUUGAAAGGCAAAAUUCCACCAGAGAUUGGAGUUCUUUCAAAUCUAGAACAUCUUAACUUGGCAUCAAACAAUUUGAGUGGACCGAUUCCUAAUCAACUUGGAGAGUGCUCAAAGUUAUUGGACCUGAAUUUGAGCAAGAAUAAACUUGGAGAAAGCAUUCCACUUUCAGUAAGCUACAUAAAUGGCCUUCGAAAUCUAGAUUUAAGUCAGAAUUUACUUUAUUGGGGAGAUACCACAACAGCUUGCAAAAUUACAUUCCUUGGAAACAUUGGACCUUUCUCACAAUAUGCUUAA